ACCCCUCCAUCCACCUCAUUCAGCUCCUCUCCCGUGUUCCCACCCAGCGCUUCGCUCGGCUCGGCUGUAAUGACGCCGGAGCAGGCCUGCCACCAACCUCCGUCGUUGUGCAGCCUACUACGCCGCCUGCCCCUUCUCAUCCUCCCCUUCUCCCUCCUCCUCAACCUCCUCCUCUUGUUUCCGCCGCCGGUCACGCGGAAUACUCCUCCAGGAAUCGAGCCGCAUCGGCUCCAGCUCCUCACCUGGACUCACGACGCCGCGGCGGAGGCCGAGGCGGUAGCCGCAGUCAACUGCUCCGGCCACGGCCGCGCCUUCUUGGAUGGCUUGAUCGCCAGCGACGGGCGUUCGUCCUGCGAGUGCAACACGUGCUACCGCGGCCGCGACUGCUCCCUGCUCUUGCCCAAUUGCGCCGCCGACGCCGACAGCGGGGAUCCACUAUUUUUGGAGCCGUACUGGCAGCAGCACGCUGCGCUCAGCGCUGUCGUCGUCUCCGGAUGGCACCGGAUGAGCUACCGUACCAACGGCGACAACUUCAUCUCCCUCCAGCUGGAAACUCACUUGCGCCUUCUCCACGAAGCAGUGGGAAACGCCGUCACCGACGGCAAGUUCAUCGUCUUCGGAUCCGGGUCCACUCAGCUCUUCAACGCCCUCAUCCGCUCGCUCUCCCCCGACAACGAUUCUUCAUCCUCCUCCCUUUCCAACGUCGUCGCCAGCGCUCCUUACUAUCCGAUGUACAAGGCGCAAACAGACUUGCUCGAUGGCAGAGAGUUCGAGUGGGAAGGAUUGACGUCUGACUGGGCGAACGCAUCUUCAUCUCCGUCGCCAUCGGCAAACUUCAUCGAGUUCGUCACGUCCCCGAACAACCCUGAAGGCACCCUGAAACGACCCGUCCUCCCCGGAUCGACAGUCAUUCACGAUCACGCUUACUACUGGCCUCACUACUCUGCAAUUCCGGCUCCAUCAGACGAGGACAUCAUGGUCUUCACUGAUUCUAAGCUCUCCGGCCACGCCAGCAGCAGAUUUGGGUGGGUGGUGAUAAAGGAUAAAGGAGUGUACCAGAAACUUAACCGAUAUUUGCAGCUGAACUCCAUGGGAGUUUCUCGAGACACUCAACUGAGAGUCCUGAAGCUUGUCAAAGUUAUAAUUGCAAAGGUGAAGAAACAAGAUGAUAUAUUUGAUUUUGGUUAUACGACGUUGAGUGAGAGGUGGAGCAAGCUGAACAAGAUUUUAUCUUCUUCCACUCGCUUCUCGCUCCAAAAGCUCCCUCCUCAGUAUUGCUCCUACUUCAACAAGAUCAGAGACCCCUCUCCAGCUUUUGGUUGGGUGAAAUGUGAGAGGGAGGAAGACAAAGACUGCGCUGCUGUGCUACUAAAAGCCGGCAUCAUAUCGCGAACCGGCAUAAUCUUCGAAGCAGGAAGUCGAUACACACGACUAAGUCUGAUCAAGACGGAGGAUGAUAUGGACUUACUGUUGCAGCGAUUUGAAUCUCUCGUUUCUCAGGAGGAGCCUGCAGUACUCGUAGCUAGCUAGCUAGCCUCAUCUCUAGCACACGUUGAUGCGAUUAAGUUGAUUUUAUUUGUUGAAUAAUUCAGAUCGAUCAACUAGCACAUAUAUAUACAUUCAUAAUCAAGAAUGUGAGUGAACUCUGUUCACACAAGUGUUGGACAUUUAUUAGAUCCUGCAUUAGGAAAAUUGUAUGCGUUAAUAAUGUCAGAUGUGGCAUGUGUAGCAUACUCAGUUUGUUUGUUGUAUCGUAUAAUUAAUUUAUAUAUGCUUGUAUUAAA